UGCGGUAAACGGUAGCUAGCUGUUGAAUGGCAACAUCACCGGUACGCUCACCGCGUGAAUGCCUCGGUUGACGCUGAGUGAUUGACCGACUGGUGCGGGGAUGCCACCGCUGUCGACUCGCCGCACGGACGGAGAGACGACGUCGCCGAUUUCAGGCAUGUCAGGCGACGCCAUUGAACAACACGGGGCAAUGAGACCACAUCAUUUUGCAAGGAACCGUAGGAAAACGCUAAGUAUGUCUUCCAGUGUUUUCAUGAUGUAUCGUGUGGCACUACUGUGCAUGGUUUUUGGUUUGGCGAGUGGACAAGGUGGAUACGACACUGAUUUUGUAUUCACUGUUGACGAAGGACAGCCGCCAGGAUUUUCCGUAGGAACGAUAUCCACAGAACAAGGGUAUACUUACACAUUUAGCGAUCCCCCGGCAGAAUUCACAAUCAACAGAGACAGUGGAGAAAUACAAACUGCAGUAGAAAUAGAUAGAGAACAAAUUCCAAAUGAUGUGUUUGAUAUUUUGGUGCUAGCUAGGCAUUCAGUUACUUCCAGAACUAAACCCAUUGAAGUCAGGAUUACUGUUACUGAUUUGAACGACAACUCCCCAGUGUUUCCAGAAACGGAUAUUUCAAUAUCAUUCACUGAGAAUGGACGCGUAGGGUCAUCCGUCAUUCUUGAAUCAGCCACAGAUCCAGAUAAGGCAGAGAAUGGCAGCAUUGUGGAGUAUUCCAUCUCGGAGGGAAAUUCUGAAAACGCUUUUCGCUUAAUGGUCAUUCCCGGGCCAGAUGGCUUGCCUAUAUACAUCAAUCUUGAGACAACCGUUUCAUUGGAUCAUGAAAUUCAAGAUUUCUACCAGCUCACUGUAGAAGCCAGAGACAAUGGUUCGCCACCGCGCUCUGGAUUCGUGCAUUUGAACAUCAGCGUUCUGGACAUCAAUGACAAUCCACCAAUUUUUGACCAGAGUGACUUUGUCAUCCAUGUUAAUGAAAGCACCCCAGCAGGCACCAAGCUACUUGACGUCCAUGCCACAGACGGAGACUCGGGUAUCAAUGGAGAGGUGGAAUACUUCAUUGAUGAGGAAACUUCCAAUUUCAAUGUUGAACCAGUUUCAGGAAACAUCACCCUUCAGCAGAAGUUGAAUUACAUCAGCAGUGAUCCCUACCAAGUGACUGUGAAAGCUCGUGAUAAGGGUGUACCAACACAAUAUGGACGGGCUUUUCUCUCUGUAUAUGUCAUUGAUGAGAAUGACCAUGAUCCACAAAUAUCGUUCAGCUACAUCCCUGCGUCUGAAAGUUUUGCCACUGUUUCAGAAGGAGUUGCAACGGGCUCCAUUGUUGCUUUGGUAACGGUUACUGAUGAAGAUCUUGCCGAAAAUGGGGAAGUUGACCUGCAGAUCAUUUCUGGAAAUGAAAUGGACCACUUCAUGUUAGACACGCUCCCACUUCUGUUUCCUACUGAAGUCCAGACAAAAGUCUACAAGAUUCUUGUUGUUGGUGAGAUAGAUCGCGAAAACAUUGCCGAGUACAAUCUCACUCUUGUGGCUUGGGAUAACGGAUCUCCGCGGCGCCGAUCGACUGGUAACCUUCUCAUCCAUGUGGUCGACACCAACGAUCACUCACCAGAAUUCCAAGAGUUCGAGUAUCAUGCUAACUUGAGUGAAGGUGAACCCAUCGGCAGCUUUGUUCAAAGUGUGACGGCUACAGAUGCGGACUUUGGUCUCAAUGCCAUGAUCUUGUACUCCAUCACAACAGGAAAUGCUCUGGAUUGGUUUGAGAUCAACCCAGAAACAGGACUUGUCACUACCAAGGCACUGCUGGAUCGUGAGGUUGCAUCUGUGAUUGAACUGAACAUUUCAGCCGCUGACCAAGGCAUACAACCGCGCGCAUCGGAAACCACACUCACAGUCACCAUACUUGAUGAGAACGACGAAGCCCCAGAAUUUACAAGUCCCAACUACACUGCUUCUGUUCCAGAAAACAUAGCUGCCAGAUUUGAAGUUACAACUGUGACAGCAAUGGAUGGAGAUGAAGGAACAAGCGGCCUUGUGCGUUAUGAACUUACUGAUGACGUUGGACACCAGAAUCCCGGACUAUUUUCAAUAGAUGCCGUCUCCGGCACCAUUUUCACAGAAGCUGUAUUGGAUCGUGAAGAAACUCCUGAGUAUGAUCUCCACGUCCGAGCUUUUGACUCUGGUAGUCCACCUCGGGAGUCCGUCGUUAGUGUUCACAUUAAUGUUGUGGAUGAGAAUGACAAUGUUCCAGUUUUCUACCCACAAACGUACCUUGUGACUUUGCGAGAAAACGGACCAGCUGUAAGUUUUGUUGAGCAAGUUACUGCUACAGAUUCCGACAGCGGCAAUUACGGAAAUGUGACUUAUUCCAUCGUCGGUGGCAAUGCUGAUGGAAAGUUUCAAAUUAAUGGUGCAACGGGCGAAGUGAUGACUGUGACAGCUUUGGAUCGUGAAGAAAAAUCCUCCUACACACUCCUCAUCGGUGCAACUGAUGGUGGGGGCCGGGUGGCAGAAAUUUCAGCUGAAGUGCGCAUCUCUGUUGGUGACAUCCAAGACAGCCCUCCUGCCUUUGACAUGUCAGUCUAUGAAUUUGAAAUCUAUGAGAAUGCUAAUGCAAGCUCAUUUGUUGGCAGUGUUUCAGCAACCAGCCAGGACUUAAUUGCACAGAUUAGGUACAUAAUAUUCUCUGGUGAUCCAAGGAGUCAGUUUGAAAUAGAUGGCGUCACUGGUGUGAUCCGUACCACCAGUGCACUUGACAGGGAAACUACAUCAGCGUAUGAGUUGACUGUGUAUGCCAAUGGGGGAAGCAUGGUUGGCAGCGCUACCGUAAGAGUCCAGGUUCUCGAUGUUAACGACAAUGCUCCUCAAUUUCCAAGAUCGACGGACACAACUGAUGUUGUUGAGAACUGGGAAGUUGGCCGACACUUCUAUCACGUUGAAGCUACCGAUGAGGAUAAUCCGCCAAAUGGAGAUGUUGUCUACAAUAUCGUUCAAAAUCCCGAUGGCAUAUUUGGAAUAAAUCACACCACUGGAUGGAUGUUUCUGAACACAGGCUUACAGGCCUCUGUUCAAGAUGAAUAUGUUGUCCAGAUUGUUGCGGCAGAUCUUGGCAAUCCAAGCCUCUCAGCAACUCUUGAACUCAUCGUGUCAGUCAGAGAUGUCAACAACCAUGCUCCUGCAUUUGCUGCUCAGCAUUUCGAGACAUCCAUCAGUGAAACAACCGAGGUGAACCAUCGCUUCUUCGACCUCGUGGCCACUGAUCGUGACCAAGGGACAAAUGGCAUGAUCUCGUAUAGCAUCUUGAGUGGUAACGAUGGAGACUCCUUUGGUGUUUUUCCAAAUGGUGAAGUUUAUGUGAAGAACUUCUUGGACCGAGAGAUGAUCAGUGAAUAUUCACUUCGCGUAGAGGCACGAGACCAUGGUAUUCCAUCACGCACCGCAUCUACCGAGCUGUUGGUUGAAAUUCUUGAUGAAAAUGAUAAUCGGCCAUUUUUUGGCAAUUCCAGUUACACUUUUUAUCUGCAGGAGGGAUCUGCCGUGAACACAGUUGUUGGAAGCAUACUGGCCACUGAUGCCGACUUAGGUGAAAAUGCCGAGCUCACCUACACUUUUGUUGGGAACCAGACGCAGUUUUCUUUGGACCGGAGUACGGGAGUAAUCACAAACUUGGUUGGGUUUGAUCGUGAGGCAUUAGAGGCAGAAACUGGACAGUCUCGCUUUGUGCUUGAUGCUGUGGUGAGAGACGGUGGUGCCACUCCAUUCCAAGAUCGUACUUCUAUCACAAUUAUCAUCAGUGACAUCAACGACAAUCCACCUGUGUUUUCUCGUUCAUCCUACCAAGUGACAAUAUCUGAACUGGCCGAGAAUGGGACCCAUGUCCUCCGUGUGACAGCCAGUGACUCUGACUCUGGUGAUAAUUCUUACAUCGUCUACAGCAUCGUGAAUGGAAAUGCAGAGGGAAAAUUCCAGAUUAAUCGGAUCAGUGGACAGAUCACACUCAUCGGCCCCCUAGACAGAGAAGCGACUUCAGAAUAUUCACUCACGGUCAAAGCUCAAGAUGCAGGCAGUGACCCUCAGCAUAACUUGGUAGAAGUACAGGUGCAAGUUCUGGAUGAGAAUGAUCACAUGCCAAUUUUCACUCACGUUGAGGCCGUUCUGGAAGUGACGGAAUGUCUUGCUAUAGGCCAACCUAUCACCAUGGUUUCUGCCACAGAUGAUGACAUCGGUGAAAAUGGACUGAUCUCGUACAGUAUCACAGGUGGUGACGAGCAGAAGGUUUUUCGUGUUGAUCCUGACACUGGUGACAUUACUCUGUCUAAAUUACUUGAUCAUGAGACCAGAUCCAGUUACACUUUGAACAUCACUGCAAGAGACUCCGGAGUGCCACAGCAGACAUCUUUGACUUCCAUUUUGGUUCUUGUACGUGAUUGCAAUGACAACUCCCCUGUGUUCCCACAACAUACAGUUGUGCAAAGGAUCGACGAAGAACUUGCUCUGAACACCCAUGUUGUAACUGUCUCAGCAUCGGACCCCGACUCUGGAAUCAAUGGACAAGUACGCUAUUCUAUUGUGAGCCAGGAACCCGAAGGUAAUCAUUUCAGCAUCAAUCCAGAGAAUGGCAGUAUUCUUACAAGUGCCCGCAUUGAUUACGAGUAUCUCAAGGUGCACAACGGUUUCUUCAAACUCACUGUAAAAGCCACUGACCAGGCACUGCCGGUGGAAAGCCGGCGCUCAGCGACAACCGAAGUUGUCAUCUUCGUGCGUAACAUAAAUGACAACGCCCCAGUCUUCCAGACGCACAACGCUGUAGUGAUUUCCCGCAAUGCUCCCGAGGGAACCACUGUUACCACGGUGACUGCUGACGAUCCCGAUGAUGAAGACAGUGCAAACGUCACUUACUACAUUGUCAAUCGCAGUGUUCCAUUUGAAAUCAACACGGUAUCGGGCGAAAUUUCUGUCAAUGAAUUUGGAUUCGAACCAAACGUCCACAUGUACAGUGUUCGUAUUAAUGCUGUGGACAGUCAGCUGACUUCGAACUAUACCUCGCUUGUGUUAAACAUCCUGGUUCUCGGGGACUCAAACAACGGACCCACCUUCGCCCGCAGUAUGUACUCGGGGUCUGUAUCCGAGAAUCAAGAACAAGGAACUGUAGUGGUUUCCAUAAGUGCCGGGUACCCUGGCAAUCCUGAUGCACACGUUGAUUACUACAUCACUUCAGUCGUCGCUGGCGGUGUGCCUAGAGAAGGAGACUUUCAGAUGACUCGGACUGGUGUGAUCUCUACUGGCGCGGUGCUAGACAGGGAGCAACUAGGUCAAGACGCCAUGUAUGAGGUCACAGUCUAUGCCAUCAGUGGAACUUCAGCAUACAGCAGCACUCAGGUAAGUCAUACAUUACUUUUGCUUAUAAAAUAUUUUGUAACUCCCUCUGCAUUAUUUGGUUACAUUUUUAUCAUGUUGAAAAGGCACCUGGGCGCCAUACUUGCCUUGGAUGAGGCAACCCCCAUUGGGCUCAGGCAGAUCUAG